GCCAAACACACGGUGCACGGCUCUGGCACGGCGUUGCAGACUUCGCGCCUUGAUACCCCCAGCACGAGCCCGCGAUGUCCAUGAUCACAGCGGCCCAAUGGGUUCCCCGCGGCUUCGCGGCGCCCUUUCCCAAAAAGUACACGCUCGACGAGGAGGAGUAUGGCCGGAUAGCGGAGCUGGCCAAGCUGCAGCUUGACGAUGCCGAGGAGGAUCUCAAGGAGGCGCAGGAAGACGGCGCCGAGGAUGCGAGCGAGGAUGCCGCCGACGAGAAGAUGCAUGUCGAGGACGACAAGCCGAGUAAAGAGAAAAGCGCCGCCGCCGACGAUGACGACCUAAAGGAGUACGAUCUGGAGCACUACGACGACGACGAGGACCCUGUACAGAGCAGUGGUCAGGGAAUGAGCAUGUUUGGCAACAUCAAAUCGCUGGCCUACUACGAGUCGAACAAGGAGGACCCGUACAUCACGCUUCAGGGGGAGGACGACGUCGACGAUGAGGACCGCGAAGACUUGCAAAUAUUGGCCACCGACAACCUCAUCCUGUCGGCCAAGGUCGAGGACGAGAUGGCACAUCUCGAGGUUUACGUGUACGAGGACGACGGCGACAACCUGUACGUGCACCACGACAUCAUGCUGCCGGCGAUCCCCCUGAGUGUCGAGUGGCUCGACCUACCCGUGAACAGUGCCGGCACGGACAAGGACGCCCGGGGCAACUACGUGGCCGUUGGCACCAUGGACCCGGACAUUGAGAUCUGGGACCUCGACACCAUCGACUGCAUGUACCCCAACGCGAUACUCGGGCAGGGCGGCAACGCGGACGCGGCCGGCGAGCAGAAGAAGAAGAAAAAGAAGAAGGGCAAGCGGGCCAACGACGAGUACCACGUCGACGCCGUGCUGUCACUGGCCGCCAACCGCCAGCACCGCAACCUACUGGCGUCGGCGUCGGCGGACAAGACGGUCAAGCUCUGGGACCUCAACACGGCCAAGUGCGCCAAGUCGUACUCGUACCACACCGACAAGGUGUGCUCCCUAGCCUGGAACGCCAAAGAGGCGACGGUGCUCCUAAGCGGCAGCUACGACCGUACGAUUGUCGCGGCCGACAUGCGCGCGCCGGACGCAAAGGCGCCGCGAUGGGGCGUGGAGAGCGACGUCGAGAACGUGCGGUGGGAUCCGCACGACCCCAACUUUUUCUUCGUGUCGACGGAAGGCGGCGCGAUUCACUAUCACGACAUCCGAAACGCCCCCUCGAAGCCCGAGGCGACCAAGUCCGUGUGGACGCUACAAGCGCACGACGAGUCCGUCUCCUCCUUUGAUGUCAAUGGCGUCAUCCCCGGCUUCAUGGCGACGGGCUCAACCGACCGAACGGUCAAGCUGUGGAACAUCUCCCCAACGGGGCCAUCCAUGGUGGUGUCGCGUAACCUCGACGUGGGCAAAGUGUUCGCGACGACGUUUGCGCCCGACCCCGAGGUGGCGUUCCGUCUCGCCGUCGCGGGCAGCUCGGGAAGCAUGCACGUUUGGGACACGAGCACGAACCCCUCAGUUCGCAAGGCGUUUGCGCAAAGAGUGCCGGAGCCCAAAGACGGCGCCGAGGACCGCCUGGUGGGCGUCGAGGACGACGACAGCAGCUCGAGCGACGAAGAGGAGGACGGAGGUGUAGGGGCAGCCGAGGGACAAGACGAGGACGACUCCAUGGAUGAGGACUAGACAAUGGGGCUUGCACGCACCGCCAGGCUUGACAUGGCCGAAUAUAGCAACCGGCCGUUGGGAGCAAGCCAUCAUUGCCGAUUGCGAAGGACGCCGGCAGGCGAAUGCACGACAGAAUAAGGCGGAUUGUCGGCGGAUCGUGCAUGUGCUUUUGAUACACCAGCCUGCUCCUGCAAUACGUAUGUACAUAGAAAGCUGAUUGAUGCUUGGAUUACGCGGCACAGCUUGAAUGAGCGUGGCCUAGAGGUACAUUUGUGUUCGCUCGCAGGUACGAAGCAUGUAGUGUACUUUGUGUACGUAUUUCACGUACUUUGUAGGAAGUACCUAGAGGCAGUCAGUUGGCCCCAGGAUCAGUUUAGAUUGAGCCAACGUUUGUUUCAUGCCCG